AUGGAGCAUGUUGCAAGUGUUGCAAACAAGACGUUGUCAUCAGCCAAGGGCAGAGAAGAGGAACUGAAGUUGUGUACACCCACAAUCUCCAAUGCCCACAACCCCUACCGCCCACGACCUACGACGCCCAACGAUCCUCGAUGCUCACGAUCCCCAACGCCCACGGCCCCUACCGCCCACGACCCGCUACACCCACGACCUCAAACGCCCACGACCUCCGACGCCCACGACUCUGACGCCCCCGACCUCCGACGCCCACGACCUCAGACGCCCACGACCUCAGACGCCCACACCUCAGACGCCCAGACCUCAGAAACCCACGACCUCAGGCGCCCAUGA